UCUAUGAUUGGUCCGCCCCAAGGGUAAACUUAAAGCCCAUGUUAAAUGCAGGAAACUGAACCAAAAAAUUCCUGUGAGGAUGGAGCUUUUGAGUGGAGAUCCGGGUUUGGUCUAUGAGCUUGCGUUUCCUCCCCUGGUCUUAGUUUUCUGGAGCAUUCUUGGGGCCAAAGCACUGGACAAUGGCUUGGCGCUGACUCCUACUAUGGGCUGGCUGCACUGGGAAAGGUUCAUGUGCAACCUCGACUGCCAAGAAGAGCCUGAUGCCUGCAUCAGUGAGCAACUGUUCAUGCAAAUGGCAGAUCUCAUGGUCUCUGAUGGCUGGAAGGACGCAGGUUAUGAAUACCUCUGCAUAGAUGACUGUUGGAUGGCUCCAGAAAGGGACUCCAAGGGCCGACUUCAGGCAGAUCCCCAGCGCUUCCCUAGUGGGAUCCAGCACCUCGCUAAUUAUGUCCACAGCAAAGGAUUGAAGCUAGGGAUUUAUGCAGAUGUUGGGAAUAAAACCUGUUCCGGUUUCCCUGGGAGUUUUGGAUACUAUGACAUUGAUGCCCAGACAUUUGCCGACUGGGGUGUCGAUCUGCUAAAAUUUGACGGUUGUCACUGUGACAGUGUGGUAUCCUUGGCAGAUGGUUAUAAGUACAUGUCCUUGGCCUUGAAUAGGACUGGCAGAAGCAUUGUGUACUCCUGUGAGUGGCCUCUUUAUAUGAGACCCUUUCAUAAGCCCAACUAUACAGAUAUCCAGUAUUACUGCAAUCACUGGAGAAACUUUGAUGAUGUUUAUGACUCCUGGGAAAGCAUAAAGCGUAUCUUGGCUUGGACAACAUUUAACCAGAAGGAGAUUGUUGAAGUCGCUGGACCAGGGGGUUGGAAUGACCCCGACAUGCUAGUGAUUGGCAACUUUGGCCUCAGUUGGGACCAGCAGGUAACUCAGAUGGCCCUUUGGGCUAUCAUGGCAGCUCCUCUACUCAUGUCCAAUGAUCUCCGACAAAUCAGCUCCCAAGCCAAAGCUCUACUUCAGAAUGAGGAUGUAAUUGCCAUCAACCAAGACCCCUUGGGCAAGCAGGGGUACUGUUUUAGAAAGGAAGACAACAUCGAGGUUUGGGAACGACCACUCUCAAACUUAGCCUGGGCUGUAGCUGUGAGGAACCUGCAGGAAAUUGGUGGACCUCGUUCUUAUAGCAUCCAGGUUGCUUCCCUAGGUCAAGGAGUGGCCUGCAAUCCUGGCUGCAUCAUCACACAGGUCCUCCCUGUGAAAGUACAGCUAGGCUUCUAUGGAUGGACUUUAACUUUAAAAUCUCGAAUAAACCCUUCAGGCACCGUUUUGCUCAGGCUAGAGAGAUAAGCCAGACUACCUAACGUCAGAGAUGGCCAGUUCUGCUAAGAACUACUUCCUCACUCUUUCCUGUUUCCCCUUGAAAUAAAGUAUCCCAAAGCCAUGGCCUUUAAAAGCUCCUUCAAGGUAAGCUUUUGGAAAGGCUUUUGAAAUAAAGUGGGUUCCCCUGUGCCAGGCACUGUAACAGAUGCUUCAGGUAUACUGGUUCAUUUUAGCCCUCAUAAUGCUGAGCCGGGUGUUCUACCUACUGGAAUCUGUAGGGCCAGGAUUAAAAAAACCAAAACUUUUAUUUUUA